AUGGCGGCCACUCGCCGCUCUCCAUGCUUGGAGACCCCCCCUAGUUUUCCGCCUCGGCCGUCUUUGCCGCCUCCGCAGCCUGCUGCUGUGGACUCUAUAGCUAAGACUGUUGGUUCUGAGCCUGGGGGUGCUGAGGCAGAGGGUGAGGGUUAUGGGGGUGCUGCGACUGGGGGUGAUGCGACUGGGGGUGCUGGUUCUGGGGGUGUUGCAACAGGGGGUGCUGGUUCUUGGGGUGCUGCGAUUGGGGGUGCUGACUCUGGGGGUCCUGCGAGUCCUAGUGGCGGUGGAGCUGCGAUUCGUGCGUGGAUCGUUCGGCGAGGAAGUCCUUGUGGUGGAGGGUACGGUCGUGCUGGUGCUGGAGCUGCUAGUCCUGGAGGUAAUGCUGGUGCUAGAGGUUCUGGAGGUACUGCUGGUGCUGGAGGUGCUGCUGGUGCUGGAGGUGCCGGAGCUACUAAUCCUAGAGGUGCUACUGCUGCUGGAGGUGCUGGACCUACUAGUCGUGGAGGUAUAGCUGGUGCUGGAGGUGCUGCUAGUGCUAGAGGCGCUGGAGCUGGAGGUACUGGAGGUGCUGGAGCUACUGGUACUGGAGGUGCUCGUACUGGAGGUACCGGAGCAGUCAGAGCUGGUGGUGCUGUUCGUGCUGGAGGUGCUACUGGAGCUGCUGGCAGUGGAGGUACGGGAGGUAAUGCUGGUGCUGGAGGUGCUGGAGCUGCCGGAGCAGGUGGUACUGCUGGUGCUGGAGGUGCUGGAGGUGCUGCUGGAGCUGUUGGCACUGGAGGUGCUGGAGGUACUGCUGGUGCUGGAGGCGCUGGAGCUGGAGGUACUGGAAGUACUGGAGGUGCUGGAGCUGCUGGUCCUGGAGGUGCUCGUACUAGAGGUACUGGAGCUGCCGGAGCGGGUGGUGCUGCUGGUGUUGGAGGUGCUAGAGGUGCUACUAGUGCUAGAGGUCCUGGCAUUGCCGGAGCUAGUGGUGCUGCUGGUGCUAGAGGUGCUGGAGGUGCUGCUGGAGCUCCUGUCUCCCGUCUUCCACUGGCCUCCCUCUACCCCUCCUGUGUCCACCGACCGACGAGUCUCAGCCACAGCUAA